AUGCAUGGCUUUAUCUCCCCAUAUCGAGGAGUGCGGUAUCAUCUAAAUGAGCACAAGGGUAGGCCAAUCAAUAAUAGACAAGAGUUGUUCAAUUUAAGACACUCAUCCCUAAGGUCUAAAAUUGAAUCAACAUUUGGGGUAUUAAAAAAUCGUUUCAAAAUCCUAUCCGCGAAGCCACAUUACCCUUUUCCAACUCAAAUUGAUAUAGUUAUUGCAUGUACUAUACUUCAUAACUAUAUCGUCAUAGAAGACCCGGGCGAUGAGUUGUUGCAUGAGGACAACCAUAUUGAAGAGGAUGGAGAUGAAAUAGCAAAUGAAGGUAAAGAGGGUGUUGUUGACUUUACUCAAACUAUGACACAAAGAGAGGAAAGAGAUUCAAGAAAUGAAUGGAGAGCAAAGAGGGAUCAAAUUGCAAUUAAAAUGUGGAAAGAUUAUUGUGAUAAAUAUCGCGGUGGAGACACAACCGAGAUUGGGAUAUAA